UCCGAUUUGGGGACAUCUCCAGACCUCUCACUCUUUCUUUUCCCUUUUUGGAGAGCUUCAUCUUCGGAUUUGAGGCCCCCUGGCCAGAACUCGGCUUUGUUUUCUGCUGUGCGACCCCCUAGAACCAGGCUGCGGAAUCUCUCUCCCUGAGCCUGCUUGCUAGACUACAUACAAGUCCUCAGGUAGGAACACAAAGCUCCUGGUUUGCUUUGACGCCACCCUAAUUCGAAAUUAGACCACACCACACAUACGCGCUUGCGAUAAUAAAUAUCUUCGAAGAUGGACUCGUCGAGAGCUCGUGGCGCCGUUGGGAAGCAGGCGGCGCAGUAUGACUCACCUGAACAGCUUCUCGACGUUUUCAAGGCCGCGGCACUCUCCGUUACCAAGCUCUACAAGACCUCCGCCAAGGCUGAAGCUCGCGCUCGUGCAGAUGGAUACCAGGAGUGCUUGGACGAUCUGCUCAUGUUCCUAGACAAGGAAAACAUUGGCUUGGACGAUGGGGAGGGCUGGAGGAUUCGGAGAUGGGCCACGGAAAGGCUUGAUGGUCGAGAUGCGGGACAUCAGAGCGCUGAGAGCGAGGAUGAAGUCGACAAGGGCGAAAGGAAUACGUCUCCCGAGAUUACCAGAGCCAGCGCCGAACCAUCGACCUCGACACCAGUUCAGAUCCAAGCACGAACCGUUUCCCCUCCCGCUGCCGUCCAUGUAUCUCCUAUGAGCGAAGAACCAACUCACUUUGUUGUGCCCACACAAGACGCUUUCACUUUCCAUUCAUCAUACCCUAAUAUCGCCACCUUAGAUUUAUCAGACCAACGACCGCAGGAGGUACCUGCCUUCCCAGCAUCCUUCAGUUCCAAAUUCGGAGGUAGCUCUUCCAGGAGCGGCCCGCGAUCCUCACCACAUCUUGGUCGCGGAGCCGGAACGAAACGGAGGAUGGACUUUGACGACUUCUUUGGGGGCUGUUUAGGCGGCAAAGAUCCUGUGGGCAACGGAAGCAAACGCAGUCGACAUACAUGACCGCUCUUCACUCUGAGCGACAUUUCUUUCUUUCUCUUUUUUUUUUCUCUACCAGCGAUCACCAUGUCAUUCAGAGACGACAGACAUAGCACCGCCACAUAUUUCGUAUACAUAGGAUGGGAACAUAGGGCAACUGCGGGACAUGGGAGGGAGGUAGCAUAGAUAUCAGGGGCGUUUUUUUAUUUUUGGAGGAAACGAAACUGCAUCGACGGUGUCAAUGGUUGAAGGAUUCUGUCAUACAUACCUGGAGUCUGUCUCGAAUAGAAGGAAUGAAUGGGAGUAAUCUAGGUACAUGUACCGUGAAUCAGCGCUCACAUAUCAGCUCUGAAUUGUUGGGACACACGAAUUUGUUUUGGGGGCUAUCGAUUGUGCAACAGACUAAUUGUAUCUGUAAUAUAUGUCAACUAUAUCAUUUUUCGUACAAUUCUACUCAUUGCCUGAAUGGUUGGGGGACCCG